GUCAUGCGUCACAAAGAAGCGACGGUCAACAAAAUGUGAUUAUUGUGAGGAACCACCUGAGUACGAAAACAAACUGAAACAGACGACAUUUCUUAGCUCUGCAACCACUUUUAAUGGGUCGUCUGUAAGAUUAAAGCUGCAGCAGCAGGGAUGAGGAUCCAGCUGAAGGGUCCUGGCCACUCUGCCAAGCUGCUCGCAGAGCUCAACCGCUGCCGGCAGACGCGUCAAUACUGCGAUGUCUUCCUGCAGGUCGGCAGCCGGACUUUCGCAGCACACCGGGUGGUUUUGGCCUGUGCUGGGAGUUACUUUCGCAACCUGUUCAGCCGGGCUCCACCCACAUCCCCUCCUGUGUUUUCACUGGAGUUCGUUUCAGCAGCCAAUUUUGAGAAGGUGCUGACUUUUGUCUACACGGGGGAGAUUUUGAUCGAUCUCAUAGACGUGGGGGUGCUGUACGAGCUGGCUGAGAGGCUCGGCGUCGGCGAGCUGGUCAGGGCCUGCCAUGCAACCUUUCCAGACCUGCAGGCGUCUGUUUCUGCGAAAGCAGGCGAAGAUGGAGACCUCCCCCUGGACUCGGGGAUGGUGGCUGCUGCCCCCACGGUGGCAGCUAUCUGUACAGCCUCUGCUUCGUCUAUCUGUUCCUCUGCAGCCUCCUGCUCUUCUCUGUCCUCAUCAGUGGGUCAGUCUGCUGCCCCGACCCCCGGUGCAGCGUCUUCACCUCUGUUCCAAACCAGGACUGGCAGGAUAGACCGCGAAACCCAUGCUGAUACCCUCAUCCUGGACCUGAAGGCUGAAGAUUUCCAGUCCCACAUCGGCUACGGACAGAUGGCUGCAGAUCUUCAGCUACAGGCAGCCUCUCUUCCAACAAGCAGCCGCCCUGCGCUUCAGCUGAAAACCGAGCAGAGUCUGGAUAACAGAGGGACAGGAGGAGGCUGUGAGGACUGCUCCACACAUGGUCAGAUCCUUUCUGAAAGCACAGACCGCAGCAAUCCUCCACCUUCUGACUCCUGCUCCGUCCCAGACUCCUCCGCACAGCCAGUCGAGUCCUGCGCUCCGACAUCCUCAUCAGAGGGGGCUCCGGGCAGCCUGCAGGUGGCGCCGUUGGGGGAAACCAUGAGUAAGGAGAGGGAGGCCUCGCUGAUGUUUGAGGAGGUCGAGACAAGACUGAGAAAGGACGAGACGGAGGACCUGCAGGGUAACCGAGCAGAGGAGGAGGGAACAGAGGAGGAGCAGUGGCCUCAGCUGGGAGCAGAGAUCAUUGAGCUGAGUGAUGAGGAGACCUACAUGGAGGAGGACGAUGAUGAUGAAGAUGAUCUGGUGUAUGUGGAGAAUGGUGGCACAAGUGACGAGGUGAGCAGAAAGACGCUGUCAUGUAAAGCCUGUGCAGCGCUGCUCCCCGCAAACCCGCUUGCUGUGAAGAGGCACGCCGAGGGCCACCUGACGGAGCUGGGGCUCUGCAGGCUGUGCGGGGCCUCCUUCCCGGACCGCGUCGCUGCCGUCGCUCACUCCCUCUCCCACGUCAACGUCCAGCUAUUCGCCUGUGAAAUGUGUCAUCAGGAGUUCUGCAGCCAAAGCAAACUGCUGCGUCACCAUCACCAGACGGCCUCCACCUACAGCAUACCCCAGGGGGCGCUGGUCUGCAACAGCCAAGGUCUGGGCUCUGAGCUGAGGUGUGCGGUGUGUACCAAAACCCUCAGCAAAGACUUCCAGACCCUUAGAGACCACCUGCUGAGCCAUGUGUGUCUGCAGACCCUGAACUGUGGAGUCUGUCACCUCUCUCAGCUCUCCUUGUGCUCCCUCCUGUGGCACACCCUCUCCCAUCUCUCUCUGCCGGUUUUCACCUGCCCACACUGUGCCCGCUGCUUCGUAGAGCGCCCCCUGCUGGAUAGGCACAUUGCCACUCAUGCUGAUGAGGCAGCAGCUAAGGAGAGGGAGCGGUUGGCGCUGGGGGCUCAGAAAGCCACGGGAGGAGUGGAGGAGAUGCAUUGCUUCCUGUGCCCACAGACGUUCCGCUCCUCAUCGGCCUUCCAGUACCACCUCAGUCUGCACACUACGGAAUCCAUGAGCGAUGGCGGCGGCUUGGGAGGGCAGGGUUGCUUAGGCAAGCGGAAAGCCGACCAGUCGCUGGAGUGUCCCCCAUCUUCCUCUUCCUCAUCCCCACGGGACUUGGGGAGCCAGUCCAAGAUCAACCUGGGUCUGGGGAUGGGCUUCAACAUGUCAGAGAAGUUCUUCCAGGGGCAAGCGCACGGUUUUCCCUCUGGGGGCCUUACCAACGGCAGCUCGGAUCAGGAAGGUGCAGCCGGCGUUCGCGGGAAGUGGUACCGGUGUCGCUACUGUGGAAAACGCUUCGCCCACUCUGGGGAGUUCACCUACCACCUCCGGAUCCACACCGGGGAAAAGCCCUACCAGUGCAAGGUGUGUCUGCGCUUCUUCAGGGGCCGCUCCACCAUGAUCUGCCACCUGAAGACGCACGCUGGCGCGCUCAUGUACCGCUGCACCGUGUGCGGCCUUUACUUCUCCACCCUGAAGCUGGUGUCGUCACACAUGGAGCUUCACAAGGACCACCUGCCGCCUGAUUUUAACAUCGAGCAGACCUUCAUGUACAAUGAUCACUCCAAAGAGCCGCUCCCAACGGCGGACACCUGAGGGGCUCACCCAAUACGCCACUCUAUGUCUGGGUACUGAAAGAACUCAUCAUAAACUACUGCAGCAGCUCAAGACUGCGUUCAGUCUUUAUAUUGUUCUGCUUCAAAUCCUAAUCAUUUUCAACAUGUCUCCAUUUAUGUUUACGCCGGGAAAAGUAAGGACUUUUGAAACGAUGAUAAAUUGGCAAAAUGAUUUUUGAGCAAUUAAUCAUUUUGGUAAUAAAUUAAAAUAAUUUCUAAUUGGAUCUUAUGUUCAUAAUACAAAUAUUUUGACAGCAAAAUGAUGUAAAACACACAACAUUCAGAAAUAAUAAGAUAUAAUCAGAGACACUACAUUGUUUGGUUAUGUUCUGUACAUGUGUUCUGUGGGAUGUUUUUUUUUUUUUUUAGAAAAGUUGCAUUUUUUAAUAACUAGUGGAGGUUUAAAGCCGUCAGAUGCAUCCAGAAUAUCUAAUUUCUCAUGUGCCUGUAAAAGAGAAACACAUUUUUUAUAUUUAUGGUAACAAAUCACUGAGCUCUAUGUAAGAGUUAGAUUUUUUGGUUUAACUGGUGAACAUGUGACCUUCCAGAAAGCCAAUCAGGUUCAACUUGGAGGUUUUAUCUCAGAUGGUGGUAACAUCCUGCUGAACGGGAAGCUGUUGUUACCAGACAUCUACUCUAACAUUAAUCUCUACUUUAUAAAAGUUGGGUUUUAAUUAACCUGAUGACACUGUCCUCAGUGUAGCGUCACCCUGUAGCAUCCAUGGUGAAUGGUUUCACAUUAUUCGUGUUAUGGUGCAACAUGCUGUUGUAAAAUUCUUUAAACGUCAGAGUAAACAUGAGAGAAUGUCUUUCUUAUAUAUUUUUCUGACUUUGCAGGAUGAAAGCCGUUAUUUACCUGCUAGUUGCACCUUUUGUAACACUGAACCUGUUUAUAUUGUAGGGCUGUCAUGUUGAAGUGCCCGUGAACACGUUGCUGUGGGAUACACUUGUCUUAACUUAUAUUUAUAACUAUUUAUUGUUUUUAUGUCUUUGUAUCUUUCCAUAUCAUUAUGAAAAUAAAUGAACUGCCUCUAGGAA